AUGUACAGUUCCCCUCUUGCGGUGGACCAGCGUCGUUGUCCUUCCUUCUACACGGAGCCGGAAACUCAUCGUGCCCGUUCACUCGCGGCUGUUCUGCAGUCGACGCCGGCCUCUCUUUAUGAUGUCGCCUUCGACACCACACCGCCGCGGGCCCGCACGCCGCGUGAAGUUUACGCCGACAUGCGCCGCUGCGAUGCGGCCGCGCGGGAGCGGCGGGAGGCGGCCGUUGAGGCGCAACGCCGGCGGGAGUUGUCGCAGUGCCGCCCCGCCCCGCACGUCAGCGCCGUCGCCCGCCAACUCCAACGCGACGGGCCGAUCGUCGACCGGCUGCUGCGGCUGCACGACGAGCGGCGGCGGCUCGAGGAGCACCGGCGGCUCCACAGAGACCGCGAGGCCCAACAGCAACAACAGCGCGACGGGUGGUUCCGGCCGGCCAUCACGGAGCGCGGCAGACACGCCGAGGGCCGCGCCUUGAGUUUGGCGCAGCGGCCGCUCGAGUUGUGCCGCGAGGAGGAACGCGAACGCGAACGCGAACGACUCGCCGCCGCCGCCGCACGACACCGUCGCGAACACGAAACACGAACGGAGAGGAGGGGCAGUACACGAGCGAUGAGUGCACGCAGGAAUGAGUUGGCGCGGCGGGCAAGAGAGCGGGAUGGCGGGGAGGACAUCGCACGCAUAGAUGCUAUUCUCAUACGUGAUCGCAUCGCACAGCUUGAACGCUGGGAACAGCAUCAACAAGGCAUUCAAACACCGCACAACAACAACAACAACAACAACACCGCCUUCUCCCCACGCAUCACAGCAUACGCUGCAACUCUGGAUCGUGAUGAAAACAUCACGAAACGUCUUAUGACAGAUGCAAGACGCCGCAAUGAACGUUUACACGAAGAGUCAAAUGCAACACCACUCAACUCAACCACUAGUGGACGGGGACAGGCAUACACACCAACCAUUGACAGUGUCUCCGCUAUGAUUGCCGCUGGUUUACCAUCCUCCUCUAAUGAACGACUUAUGUCAGGUCUUAGGUGGCGGAACAAUAUCAACAACAACAACAACAAUAAUGUCAACAAUAGUAGUACUAGUAAUAAUAAUAAUACUAAUACUAAUAGUAAUAGUAGGAAUCAUAGUGGUGGUAUUUUCAUGGAUGAGGACCUUGGAGUUAAGGAAUAUGUGCCAUCCAUUCACACACCACGUAAUGGUGGGCCGAACAUAUCCUCACCGAGGCGGAAGAGCGACAUUUAUGAGAGAAUGUGUCUCUGGCAAAAACGGCGUGAUGAUAAGGUGCGAGAGCUGCGACACAUACUGCAAGAGGAGUCUAAAGAGCAGGAAGGAGUAAAGAACGAGGUAAACUCACUGAGAUCACCAGAUAUUCAACAAACAAAAUUCUUCCCCGUCGGUCCAUCCACACCGCGGUCACAAACUAUCGAAAGAGAAGGUGCAAAGACAGCUCUUGUGCUUUCCUUACUAAGAAAUCAGAUGAACAUAUCGUAA